AAUAAGAACCCGGGGCUCCUCGGGGAAGGUGCCCACGGCAGGCGUUGUGUUCAGCCCGGGCGGACCCGCAGCUCGCACUGCUCUGAAACUCGCGUCGCCAGGGAGGCGUCAUGGGCUUCCGGAAGUUCUCCGCCUUCCUGGCUCUCAGUGUCUUGGCUCUGUGCCAGGCCGGCAGUCUCCAGGAGGCGCCAUUGAGGUCUGCCCUGGACAGCAUCCCAGACCUGGCUACACUCAGUGAGGAGGAAGUGCGCCUCCUGCUGGCUGCACUGUUGCAGAACUAUGUGCAGAUGAAGGCAGGGGAGCUGGAGCAGGGGCUGGAGACAAAGGCCUCCAGUGUCACUGUCCAGAAGAGAGCCUGCAACACUGCCACCUGUGUGACCCAUCGGCUGGCAGACUUGCUGAGCAGAUCUGGGGGGAUGGUAAAGAACAACUUCUUGCCCACCAAUGUGGGUUCCAAGGCCUUCGGCAGGCGCCGCAGGGACCUUCAAGCCUGAGCAGCUAUAAAUGCCUCCAGGAAGAAGGUUCCCAUGAAACUGCACUCACCACUUCUAUUAAUUUCUGUUGACAACAACUUGGUGAGAACGCUCCAUGGAAGAUACUUGUUUGCAUCCUAAUAGAUACGGAAAAAAGCACCUUUGUCACUUGAAAGGAAUGAAACUGAAUGCAAAAUAAGCUAAUUCCAUAUUUAUUGUGCAUCAUUUUUAUAUUUAAUUCUAUGUCCAGUAAAUGUGAUGGCAUCUCUCAUUGGCUUAUCUGGUAGCAAAUCGCUUAUUUGAGAGCCAUCCUGUUGAUCAUGGCAGCUCUGCCAUACCUUAGGGGGACAUGAAAUCACUGCCUCUUGUGGCCUCUGGGGACACAUGGUAAUAGUGAUGUUGUGCCUUGUUGUCUAAGAACAUGACUGUAUAAUUUGUUUAAGAAAAUGUCAAUAUUGUGCCAUUUGUGAAUGUCAUCAAGAUUAAAAACAUAUUUUGGAUACGUUUGUUUCAAGACCCUGGUGGUUCAUUUCAACUUGUUUUCCUAUGUAAUAAUAAUAAUAAUAAUAAAUAUUUUUGAAUGCU